AGCCGGAGCCGCAGGGGUUGGACGCGCCCUCCUCCGAGCAAGCGGAGCCGCAGCUGCUCCCCGGGCUCCCGCGGCGCCGUUAACUAGCGCCUCCCCGCGGGGACGGGGGACCCCCGGGGGCGGCGAGAGCCUCCGGUUCCUCCUCCUCCUUCGAGCGGCGGAGAUGGAGCGCGACCGGCACAAACCGCGGCUGCUGGAGCUGCAGAGCGCGGCCGGGAACGGGCGCUGCGCGGACUGCGGGCAACCAGAUCCAGAAUGGGCUUCUUACAAACUUGGAAUAUUCAUUUGUUUGAAUUGCUCUGGAAUCCAUCGUAAUCUUCCAGAAAUCAGCAAGGUCAAAUCCCUUCAGCUAGACUUCUGGGAGAGCAAUCUCAUAGAGUUUAUGAAGAAGCACGGGAAUCUUUGUGCCAAAGCUAAAUAUGAGGCGAAAGUCCCUCCCUACUAUUACAUCCCUCAGUCCCAUGAUUGCUUGGUUUUAAAAGAGCAAUGGAUUAGAGCUAAAUAUGAGCGUGAGGAAUUUGUUGCUACCCAAGUCUGCCAAGAUCCUUGUUCUGCAGGGAGUCAUGAAGGAUUCCUCUGGAAGCGUGGGCGGGAAAGCAAAUGUUUCCAGAAGAGGCGAUUUCUCCUGUCAGCAAGGGAAGGGGUGAUGAAGUACUACACCAAAGAAGCCAAAGGUCCAAAAGCCACCAUCAGUAUUGAGAAUCUGAAUGCCAUGUUCCAGACAGAGAAAAUCCAACAUGCUCAUGGGCUGCAGAUCACAUACAAUGCAGAUGGUCAAACAAGGAACCUUUUUGUCUAUCACGAAAGUGGAAAGGAGAUCGUUGACUGGUUCAAUGCCAUUCGGGCAGCACGUUACCAUUAUCUCAAAACAACCUUCCCAACUGUCCCUGAGUCUGAGCUCAUACCCAGGAUCACAAGAAAUUAUGUCAAAGAAGGAUAUAUGCAGAAAACAGGACCAAAACAGAAGGAAGCCUUCAAGUUGCGCUGGUUCUGCCUAGAUUCUCAAGAAAGGAACCUGACAUACUUUAAAAAUCCACUGGAUGCAUUUGCACAGGGCCAAGUUUUUAUUGGAACAAUGGAUGAGGGAUAUGAAGUUCAAGCUGGCUUGCCCCAAGGAGUCCGAAUGAAGAAAAGGAAACCAGCGAUCACCGUGGUCACGCCAACGAGAGAGUUUGUGUUUAUAUGUGAGAACGACAAGGAGCAGAGGGAGUGGAUAGAUGCCUUAAAUGGAGUCAUUACCCAGCCUUUGAGUGGCUAAGCCUGGUACUGAGCACUCCUUGGCCUCUGCUGAGCAGGGCUCUGGAGCGUCUAUCUGCAGGCAAGGAUGGUGCUCAAGGCCCUGCAGAGACUCCAGUGUGAAGGGCUCCUUCCUUCAGCAGCCACAGGCACAGGAAAGGUGGCAACAGAGAAAUGAGUAAGAAAAGGGAGUGCAGAUAUUCAGAAGUUAUCUGUGCCCCUGCAGAACUGUUUUGCAGAAUCAAACCCUAUAACCCAAAAUGAGUUAUAACACAGGUCUGUUUAUUUCCAGCGCUAGGGUGCAAGGGGGUUCUCCUCCUAGCUUGCACACUGUAUAGCUUAACAAGCAGCUACUUAUAGUGUAAAGACAUGCAUGGGUAUAAGCGCCUACUACAUAUUCAUACCCUUUCCUGGCUUCAUAUUAUAAUUAGUUCUGGAAAGUUCACUCCAGUCUUGCACCUGCAUAGUGCCUCCUGGUGGUCGUGGGCUGGGGUCUUAGGGAUGAAGUAGGAAGUCUUCCUCGGGAUGAAUAUAUUUCUUUUUGAACUUUGUGCAGACUCAGUCUCCUCUGGCUGUUUUCAAACUCCUGAACCAAAUGCAGCAGCUUUCUGCAUUCCAAUGCCCACUGAUCAGUAAACUGCUGCUAGCUGCUCCUUCAUCAUCAACUUCCAAGGUCUUCAAGGCAAAUAACGCCAAGCUCUAACAAACACUCCCAACCCCCUUUGUCUGUUUCGCUCAUCAGAACUUUGCCUGAAGUGCCUUUUCUCUCCCUAUGUUUCUCUGCUUCUGAGCAGAGGAGGAUUUCCCAGCCUGAGGUAGGGAUGAAUUGUCCAGUGUUGUCUUAAAAAAAACAAAGUCAGUGGAGAAAGUCUGACCUCAGAGGACCUGGAAUGCAUUUCCUUGAGGACUCCUGCAGGUAAUGUUCUAUCAGAUCCUCCUUUUCUUGCCUCUGUCUGAUGUCAGAAGGACCCCUGCACAUCCUGAAGGAUGUACUUGACAGUCCAGCAGCUGUCUGCCAGUGAAUGGGGCCGUCUGUGAGUACAGAGGGACAGUGACCAAGAGGCAAAGAUACCAUCACCUGUCAGAGUAUCCUGUUGGAUAGAUCUGAGAUACCAGUUCUUGCUGGAGUCACUCAGUGUCCUUCUCAGGGAGGAGCAGGGUCAGGCUGCUGCACUCUACCCAUCUGCAGUUCCUGUCCAGGUAGGACAUGGUUGUUUGCAGCUGGAUAGGUUUUGUGUCUUUUACAGUGUUAUAUUUCUGGCACAGUAAAAAAUAAAAGUCAGGUUUGAAUUGUGGAGUUGGUCUGAGUGUUUUCUUGCUUUCAGACCAAGUCUGAUGUUUGGUUCCACCAAGCAGCCAGUCAUUCAGAUAUUUAAUUCUCCUUCUCAGAUAGCUUUAGUGCUUAGUUUGCAAAUCGAGAGGAAGUCUUGCAGACUAAGUUUCUCGUAAGGCUGACAACUGCCAGCCAGUCUGAGAUACCCAAAAUAGUUCUCUUCUGCAGAGAUGAGGAAGUGUCAAUACUUGCAAGGAUUAGUGAGAUUAACUUUAUUUUUCAUCCCUCACAGUAGUGCAGAGGAAUUGUUUGAAUGUUCAGCAUCAUCCUGCCUGUCUCAGCUGGCCCAUCACUAUCCAGCUCUGAGCAAUCUGCAGCAGUUUUGCUUGCUGAUGUGCUCCCAGAAACUCGCCUGUAUUCCCACUCUCUCCGUACGUAACCUGGUUCAUUCUAGCUCACAGGCUGGUUCAGCAAAUCUUUUCAACAACCUAAUCCUGCAGGCCUUGAAAUUGAUAGCAAAGCACCUUUUGACUUGUACAAGGAACAUUGUCAGUCGUGGUUUGUUUUGGCAGAUGCUAAUAGUUAUUUUGAGAGGAGCUGAGUAACCCAGGCUGAACUCAGAAGAGUUCAGUCCGUCCUGUGGCCUAAACUUCACCCGGAUGGGGCUGUGCAGGACCCACUGUGCUGUUCCUCAGUCUCCCGGAUGGGUCAGCAGCCCAGCCCUGUCAGCAAUUCUACUGUGACUUGCUACAGAAACGAGACAUUCCCUCUGAAAAUGAAAUCAUAGAAUGAUAGGAAGGGAGCUCAGGGGUCAUCUGGUCCAACUUUUUUAGGUGAUUUGAAGUUUAAAUGAGAUGACCCAGCACCUUGUGAGGCUGAGCCUUAAAAGUGUCCGCUGUAGAGGAAUCAACCACUUCCCUGGGGAGAUUGUUGCAAUGUUUAACUGCUAAAAUCGUGCAG